AUGCAACGGGGCUACCAUCUCCAGCCGGUACGCUACUGCCCCAUCUGUGGUCACUGGUGUCUCGCAUGCGGCCUUACUGGGGCGCGGCACACACCCAACAUUGAAUACACCCGUGCGCAUGCCGCUGCAAAGGUGGCCACCUUCCCCAACAGCAUCAACCAACUAGACCGCGCUCGACCUCGUGACGACAACAACCGCCGGUACCAUCCGUUCAGUCGCCCCCAACCAUGGAAGCCACCACCUCGCUCCAACGAUCACACCCAUCCGCGCAGUGGUCAAUCGGUCCCAGCACGCCCAGAUCAUGUUCCUGCCCGCCGAGAGCUCCCCGAUCCAUUGAACAGGGAGAACCGUCACUCCUCCCGUCUACCUGAAGGUCAGAAGCAUAACGAUGAUUUUACCGGUGACAUUCUCGAAGCGCGCGGCCCCAACGUCGAAGACGACCUUGAAACCGAGAUUGUUUGGCUUGGUGACAAUCUCGCCCGGCUUAGACUCAGCGACGGUACCGAGAACCCCACGGCGCAGAAGGAGUACGAAACCGAGGACGAUGACGACGACGAGAUCGAAUGGCUCGUCACCAUCGGACCCUCAGAGAUGACGCCCAACAGCCAAACAGAAGACGGAGAAGAAGAACUUGCCCAAGCCACAUCACAACACCUUGACGGACUGGAACAACUUUUGGCAGAAGAAGCGAUGAGGCAAGCGAGGCUAUUUGCACGUUGA